AUGCGUUACCUGGCGCUGGUUUACAUCUCCGCUAUUUUUUUGAAAUCGAAUGGAUUAGACGAUUGCCAUCCCUACAUCAGCGAAAUUUCCUCGCUAAAAUUCAGAAGUACCGCUAAACAGCAGUAUAUCGAACUGGCAGUUAAGGAGAAUUGUCGAAAAGAUGACGCCGUUAUGAAGAAGUUGAAACUAAGCUCCUAUGGUCUCCUUGCAAUCAAUACGAAAUCCCCUUUGAUGGAUGCUCAAGAGAAUUUUUUCGCAACAACAUUGGUCGACUACAAUAAUCAAAAAUGGCCAAAAAGCACCGAAUACCAAGCAUUUUUCGUUGUUGGUAGCCAAGAAAGAGGCGAUGUAGAUGUUCCAAAUGGAAAUUUUCCACGAGCUCAAAAGAGGAUUCACUUCAAUUUUUUCAGUACUCGAGCGAGUUGUGCAAAAUGCUCUCGUUUUGUGAACUGGCCCUUCUGCGAUCGUUCCUGCGAGCAUCUGGAAGGUCAGUCGUCUCUUAAGCAGUACUUUGCUUCUUCUUCUCAAACAGAACGUCCACGAAUUCACGGCGAAGACUACUUACUUCGAGGGCAAACAGCUUUUAUGCUUCUCAAGCUAAACGGUGAGGAUGCCUCCGACUUUAUCGACAAAUUUAGUUAUGUGCAGACCGUGAGCGGCCACACCAUUUAUAGUGAAGAUAGAUUACAUAUAACAAGAGAAAAGCAGCAGUGGCUGUCGCAGCGUAUUGUUGAUAUUGUAGUAUUUACACCAUCGAACGACCUUUCGGUAGUCAUUCCAAUGGAGCGAAUGGACCUAGUUUGGUCGCAUUUACGUCGUCCAAUGAUCUUCUACGUUCUUCCACCGGACCUUCUCACAGAUAGCAACUCCAUUUCUUUAUGUCCUCAUUCACAAUGGGCUGUCUCUAGCAGAACACCCGGCUAUGAUAAUGUUUGUGAAGGAGAGGGGUUUACUACAAACUUGCUGCAGUGGGAGAAGCUGUCUAAUUCACAAUCUCCUAUCCACGCUCUAGAUGAGCAGAAUGAUGUGCUUUCUUUAAGUAGACUUGAUGAUCCUAUAGAACUGCUAGAUGCGUCUGCUCCGUCCGAAAGCUUCCGAGACACAUCAGGCACACCAAGACCAGCUUCUUAUAUCGGUUUUGGUGUCGCUGACGAGCGAUUUUCCGUCCUUGACGGAAGGGUUAAGCAGCUGUUAGAAAUGGUUCAGGUGAUGGCAUCCAAACAAAAUCACUUCUUUAACGCCCACAAGGCCCUCGCUCAGCAAGCGCAACAGACCAGCAAUCUUCUGCAUCAUAUGAUGGACGAGAUGAGAGAAAGAAGCGAAUUACACAAUGCCGAAAUAGAACAAGCGGAAAAGGAACUAAAAAUUCAAUUUGGUCUCUAUCUGGAUACCGAAGGGAAAUCACUGCUCUCUGGCAAUCUCAAAAAACUCAGAAUAAAUGACGUGGAACUGACGCAGAGUCAAAUUAGAACGUUACUGAAUAAACCCUAUCUCAGGUACUAUAGGCACCCAAGUUUUCCUAACGCAGAUUUUAUGCGGUGCUCGUUAUGUAAUAGAGAGUCUGCAGAAUUUGAUCCACUUGAAGCGUUCGCUGAGUGUGCACGAUCUGAUACAGGACGAGUUGAGAAAAAAGUUAAUCUUCUUGGAAAAGACAGUGUGUUUUGCAUGAAAAAACUGUCAAGCGUUUCCUCGCGAGAGAGACCUCACUUGCCGUUUACUCGCCUUCUUGAGCGUCUGUCUGUUCACGAAAGCUCCAAAGAGCAUAUGCAGCAUAUGGACGAGUUUUUUAGCAGACAAACGGAGCGGAAAAAAACCACGGCAGAUGAUAUUGCAGCGACAGUAACAUCAAGUCUCGCCGCCUAUACCAUCGCUAAGCAAGGGCUACCAUUUUCCACACAGUUUCCACUGCUUAUUACGGCAAUGAGAACUGGUUCUAUCGGCGUCAGCGCUCAUCAUGAUCCCACUACGGUGCGUAGAAUGGUGACGACUUUUGCGACGCAUAUGAAGUACGACAUCCUGAAAUAUGUUAUGACCAACAAGUUGCCGUUUACACUUCUUCUAGAUGGUUCCACAUCUUCUCGCGGUGUGAAGUGGAUAGUAUUUUUACUUAGGACUGUGUCACCGCAGCACCGUCCUAUUACACUGCAUUUCUUUAUUGCUGAGGUCGAAAGCGAAUCUGCAGAACACAUCGUUGAAGCUCUGCUCAGACAUUUUGACAGCAUGGAAUCAUGGCGGGAUGCUCCAGGUUUACCACAAACAGUUCGACAGUACGCACUGAGGAACAUGAUAGCUUUAUCAACUGAUGGAGCAGCAGUCAUGCAAGGUCAUGUUGGUGGCGUCUACGCGUUACUGAAGGAUCGCCUGACUGAAGAAACUGCUGGAGACUUGCGUCCGCGUAGUAAUCUCCUUCUUUCAGUGUGUAUGGCACACAAGCUUAAUCUAGUGAUUGCCUCCCAAAACGGUAAUCUUUUCAAGCUAGUUCAGGCAGUCAUUAUGGAGAUGCAUCACCUCCUUGGUUCUACAGUGAGAACGACUGGACGAGCUGCUUACCAUAUGAUUGCAAAGAAAAUGCGCUAUAAGCCACUAGAGAUGUUGGCGUUAUUCACGGUACGAUGGUCUGCGAGCUUAGCAAAUGCAGUGUCUAAUGUUAUUAGAAUGUAUCCGGUUCUUAUCGAAACUAUGAGAGAGUUACAAAGAGAUAGAUACGGCGCAGCAACAGUGAGAAGAGCUAGAAUUGCACACUGGGUGCUCACGGAUGGGAGAGUGUUUCUAGCUUUAAACCAUGCAAAUACUACACUUCAAGAGCUUUCGCUUUUUUCUAUGAGGCUACAAAAUGAAGAAGCUCUUCUCAUAGACAAUAUCCGAAAAUGGAGAGAACUGUACUAUCUUAUUGCUCAUGUUCUUAGCAGCAGAACCACGACACGAUUGCUUGAAAGAGGAGAACUCAAAGCAUUUGAUACAGCGCGCAAGAAAUACCGUCGCAUCGAGAGAGGGGAACUUUAUAGUUACGACGCCAAUUCAGGAGGCGAAGAGUGGAGCAACAACAACUUGUUGCUUUCGUACAAUCCCAGAGCUUUUCAAGAUCACAAUCCUUCUUUGACUGCUGAAGAUGACAGCGAGGAAGGAGAAGAGAUGCUGGCAUCUAAGCAAUUUAGAUAUAUUGAAGGAAUUCCUCGCGAAGUAUACACUGCAGCUAGAGACCCAGAGCAAAGCUUUUCUGCUGAUGACGCACCCGAAUUUGACAAGAGCACAUUGUCACGCUUUAAUCUGGGAAGGGCUUACCAUGAUUUUGCGUCAACUUCUUUGCAAGAUGCCGCGGAGCGGUUUUACAAUGAUGUCAAAAAUCAACUGCUUGCGAGAAUGGGAGAAACAAGAGUGCAUGAGGUCCAAGAAAAUGACUUAACUGCGCUGGAGAAAUCUACAAUUAUGGAUGUAGUGGAUUUUGAUGGAGACUUCGAUACGGGAUUCGUUGACUACGUGCCAUCAGAAGCUACUUACGUUAACAGAGGCUGCCCGAGCUAUAUCAAUCCAGUCUCGAAUGUGCUUAAUCCACAAGAGCGCCAUCUUUCUAUCUACGCCUCAAUUUCUGCUCUCGAAAGAUACUGCAACAUCCAAAACCUAAGAUCUCCCAUGAUACGAUUCUACAACACCAUACCAAAAACGGCUAAAACAUGCUUGCAGUGGAACAGCGGUUACAGAGAUAUGCAACAAAGUGCAUCAUUCUAUCAGAUGCUUCUUGCUAAUUCCGAUUCGUUACAGAUACCGGACGAAGUUGUGCAGGCACUUAGAUGUGUGGUAGUUGUUCCUGCAAGUAAUGCAGAUCCAGAGCGUAGCUUUUCCGCUGCGAACAGACUGACAAAAGACGAAAGAAGUAAUCUGGCAACAAGCACUCUCGACUCAUUGAUGACAAUACAAAGGGAUGGUCCCAGCAUUUUGACUGUUAAAAUUCAACAGCUAGCCGCGCAAUGGCUGCAUCCUCGUCCAGGCUUAAAUUUACAUCAAGGACGACCCUCUACAUUUGGAAAAGAAGGCAGUCUCAUGAAAGAGAUAAAAACAGCUCUUGCAAGUGGAGAUGUCAACGGUUUGAUUGUUAAACAUACUGAGCACUACAUGUCCAUGCACGGGCUGAGAACUCGCCGUGACGUCAAGGAAAUCAGCACUCGACUUCAGAACGAAGAGGAAGCUAAAUUAGCAAUUUUUUCUAUCGGCUCAAAAGGAAUUGCCGCAACGAAUCCAUCGUCAUAA